AUGAUUGAUAGACAAAAACAGGUGCAUAAUAACACGUUCUAUUAUACACAUAAUUCGUGGCAGAAUGUCUCCAUCUGAUUUUGACAGUUGACGUCUAAGAUUUUCAAGUGAAAACAAAAUAGUCAGACGUAGAAUGGCCGAAGAAAAUGAGACUUCACAGCAGAAAUGCGAGACUACUGAAGAGGUUACGAAAGAAAUGGAGACAGAUAUCAGCCGCUAUUUUGAAAAUGCAUCUCGCACGAUCUUCGAUGAGAUCGUUUCGCCUAAAAAGGAAGAUUUAUUCGACGUGCAAAGAGGUUCUGGGAGUCGAAUCCCGGAUUUUGAAUUACUGACGGAUCAAUCGAAUGAAUUUUUAAAGAGUAGUUCAUUGCUUGGUAACGAACGACUUGAUCAUAGUGGCACGAACGAUGUACACAGAGAUGCGUGGAUACCUUCUGAACAGACCAGAAAAAUCUUACGAAACUUAGCCACGUCGACUGCUGGGACUAGUUUCCUGGAUAGAGAGAACUUAACGAUGCCAGGACUUGCAGUUCAAGGGGACAUGCCCAAUUUGAUAAAGAGUACUGUUGUAAGAUUCCUAGGUGAAGAUGAAAAUAUACAGAGGCAUGUGCUCACUGCUUCUGAUGUAACUCAAGAUGAACGUGGCUUAAGGACAUUAAUACAAGCUGGUUGUUACAAAGCUGCAAUAAAUUUAUCAGGAAGAUUAUUAGCAGUAUAUGCUCAAGGAUAUGGCAAGAUAAAUCAACCUAGUAAACAUUCUCCACAUUCUUUGCAACUGUGGUACACGAGGCUAGCUCUUUUAACCAAGCUCAAGCAAAUUGAUAUUUUAGAGAAUGAGUCAAAACCAUUUGGUAAUCUGGAUAAACCAGACAUGUAUUUUACAUUUUAUCCUGAACUGUAUGGUACCAGGCCAGGUUCUAUGGCUUCCUUUUCCUUUAGACUACUUUUAGCUGAGAUUCCAAUGUAUUGUGCAAAACCAAAGCAAGCAUUGGAUAAUCUUUAUAAGAUUCUAGCAAUUGUGAACCAAAUUAUAAUCAAUUUUAGCAAUGGAUUUAAUGGAGAUGGAUCUCGUGUUAAGAUUAACCCUGCAGAACAAGAAGAUGCUAUAAGAUUGUGGAAAGGCAGAAGAUCCAGGACUUUUAUAUCUAUUAUUAACUGUGCUGUUAGCAUGAAAAAUUAUGUAUUGGGUAUAGAUAUUUUAGGAAGACUUUGUGAAUCUGCAGAUUGGUCACCUGAACAAAUGGAUGCAUUGAGAUCUAGUAUAGGUAGAUUACAUCUAUUUUUGGGAGAUGUUUCGGCAGCAGAAAAAUUUUUAAUCAAUCUGCAUAAAAAAGAGAGCGGUCCUACUGUUCGAGAGUUAACAGACAGAGGAUUAAUGGCAGUAGCCCACAAUUCUUUUCAAGAAGCAUACAAGUGUUUCCAAGCAGCAGAAGCAUUGGAUCCAUCAAACAUAGCACUAAUUAAUAAUAUGGCUGUUUGUCUUUUAUAUACAGGCCAGUUAAAAGCAGCAGUGCAUUUAUAUGAAAGUAUGAUAACAAGAAAUCCUGUAAAAAGUUUACAAGAACCUGUACUGUUGAAUAUAUGUACAUCGUAUGAAUUGCAUACAACUCAUUGUAAACAACCAAAGUUACAUUUACUGAGUCAAUUGAACAGGUAUAAAGGAGAUGCUGUAGAUAUACAGUGCCUGAAACUCCCUUUAAAUUGAGAUCUUUCCGUUUGUCCAUGUACAGUAUAUGAUAGAGCGAGAAUGAAAUUUUAAACCUGUUAUAUAAUUAUGAACAUGGUUGCGCCGAGUAAUGUAUAAAUUUUAACAAUAAAAAUCAGUUUCUUAAAAAAUCAGUAUUCUUUCUUGUGCAUUUUUAAUCUAAUCAUAGUUAUUCAGUUAUUUGAUAUUUUAAUUUUUUGCAUAUUUUUUUUAAUUAAUAGAUAAUAUUGCUAAAUUAUUACAAUUAUAUUUAAUCACAAACGAGCUGUAAAGUAAAUCUGGCACGCAAUGCGUUUUAGUGUUUCAUGUUUUGGAAAUCAUCUGAUACCCAUUUUUGUGCCACAUGCGACAUUGUCAAUUAAGUAUAGUAGUGGCAUCUAACGAGUACUAUCCUCAGUCAAUGGCAGCGGCACAGAUGAGGAAACGAGUGUAGUUAAUGGUAAUGGCAUCACUGACGAGGUACAAAAUAGAUGUGACAUGUAAUCGUUUUUCAUGUUCCGCCACCGACGAACUACAGAAGUCUCUAUCUUUACAAGGUGGCAUUGACUAAAUACAUAAUAGAUCUGACAUUAUUCAUAUAAGACAAUGAAUGGAAUAUGGACCUUACCUGCUUAGACAAGUAACUUAAUCCCCUCCUUAAUCACAAUAGGCGGGAAUACUGAACAAAUUGGCUUCGUUUCUGAGCCCUAAUGGUAAGAAUGCGACAACAUCUCGAUGGAUAGAGCUAUGUAUUUGAUUCUGAUGUAGUACAUAUUUCUAAAGGGAAUAAUAUUUGAUUAUAUCUUCGUAUCUUGAUAUACCAGUCCUCAAACCCAAAUCCUAAGGUACAAGGAAUAUAUGUAAAGUAAAAAAUGUAACAUCGAUGUCAAAGUAAAAUAGCCUUUAUUACAUCGUGAAACGAGGACAAUUUAAUGAACGUUCAACAAUUGCUAGAAUUCUUUCUCUCACUUACUUUCUCUCCCUCCCGUUCUUCCUUUCACACGCACACACAUUCCUUCUCAUUCUCUCCCUUCAUUCAUAUCAUUCAGUUUCGACUGUUUACACAUUUAAUCUCGCACCUCUUUUCUCCUUUCGUUUCUUUUCAUUUGUUGCUUGUUGUUCUCUCUCACCAACGUCUGACAUAAUUUUGCGUACUCGUAAUGUUCUUCGAGAAUAAUGCAUUACAGGACACAUACUUUGUCAUCAUGCCAAACAUAAACUCGUUCGAUCUAUUCCCGUAAUUAAUUCCUCAUAUCCUGUCCCUUCUGUCCGCCCAUAUUUUCAUCACGAUCUCUAAGAUCGUUAACGAUUCUAACAUUAUACCCUUCCUCCUCAAUUUCUUUGUCUCAUUCUUUCUUUCUUUCCUGUUCCUUAUCCAUGUUUUUCUAUUAGUAGGCGGUACAUCAAUAGCAUACAUCAUUCAGAUCGAUUCCAAAACUGCACUCUCUCUCCCUGCAGAAAAAAGGCACGAACUGGCGGAAAAGUCGGCCUAACUGUAUAAUAUUUUCAUUUAUUUUAUUAUGGAUGGAACUUCGUCACAAUACAUUAUUUUUUUUAAAUUUCAUUUUCUUUUUAUCUGCUGCUUCUUUCCGCAGUGUGUAACAGGUUCGGCUCCCGUUUCCGUUUUAACCAAAUUCAUCGAUUCGUGCUUCGAAAGUUCGCCGCGUAGUGCGCGCAGUGUUCGAUCCUUCCAACAUCCUCCCUCUUCCAUUAUACUUUUUAUUUCUUUCCUUCUUCUUUUUUCUCUAUUUUGUUUCUCUAUCUCAAAUGCCCAUUAUUAACGAUCGAACUUUAAAAGGAGAUCGUUUUGGUUAGAAUAACAUACUUUUAAUUAUAAGAAUAUAUAUACUCCUUCUCCAAAAAGUGACUAUUAUCCUGAAAUUCGUUUUGAAUUCAAUUUCAUGCUCCUUAUUUUGGUGACUGUAUUGCAAGACGAAAAAUAACUUAAAAAUACGUCGAUCUAAAACGAAACUGGUACAAUUAUAAUUCUUAGCGAUAAAUUUUCGUUGAAAUUUAGAUUAAAAUAUUAGAUUAAAAUAUUAUACAAUGCAAAUUGCUUAUCGAGCUGUUUUGCAACCGCUCGCUUCAACACCACGAGAUCAUUUCAUCCGGAGAAGGCACUGCAUCCACUACGCAGCUGGAACCUUCCGGUUUUUAUAUUUUUUUCCCCUACCGUCCUCUCAAAGUAUCUACCGCAUAUUACACUUCACUGUUACAAUAACAUCCGCAUCGCUAUUCCUGGCGACUAAAUGUAACCUUACGAAUGUAUUACCUAUGUACAUACAUGCUGUGCCGUGUACACACGUGUAUCCACGUACACGCAAGGGAUGCGCUUGUGCGUACACGUGCAGACCUCUCUGCAUUUAGCAAAUUUAUCCUUUUUUUUCACACUUACAAUUUUUAUAUAUAUAUUAUAUGUACUAUUGUAAUUAAUGCUUACGCUCUCUAAUUUCUAAAAAGAAACGGUAUUAUUAUUGUCCUGCCGUAUUUUAUUUCCGAGUAUUUUUCUGGUGUACAUACACGCAAUACACGCACACACGCACGAUUCUGGUGCUUAUGUAACGUAGUCAUGGAAAGCUCGAUGGCAUAACCACCAGUGUUCGUCGAAUACAAUUUAAAGCGAAUAUGUUUGUUAUCCCCACGUGCAUCUCCCUCUUUAGAGAAAAAUCACAAUAUAUACUCUCAUGGAAUUCGUUUUAGAACACUUUUCAAUCAAACACGAAUAUAGAGGUACAUAUGCUCUACGUGUCGGUAUCGUAGUGUUCUUUACAACUUUACGAAGAUUCGUUUAUGGCACGCCAUUUACUCGCUUUAUAUUUAUUGUCUGCGGUUACAGGAAACAAUCGUUCGACAGAUGGAAGAGGCAUCGCAGGGAUAGCGUUACUUUCGACGAGAGAAUUCAUAUCGAGAUCGAAUCAUUGAAUUUCUAUAUUAUUUCGGUAACUAGGCAAGCUCGGUCGUUCACGGAAGGCAUCGUACGGUGCUCAUUUUUUUUUUAAAUCGUUGCAUCAACAAUCAUUAACAAUUUUUUUCUUCUUUUUUCUCGUAUUUCUCUCCUCGUUUUCUCAUAUUUCGUUUUGUUUCAUCAUGCUCAUAUGAGUUACUAUUCACUUUUAGUUUAAUUACUUCAUCUUUUUUUCCUUUUUUUUUUUUUUACGUAGUUUUCACGUAAUAGUUUAGGAAAUAACGGAGACAUAACCGAUGCCGAUGCGCGAAAGCUGGCAAAAAUUACGCUGUAGUCUGUGUCUGUUAUUUUUAAUAGUACGUACAUACAUACAUCGAGGCGAGCAGGUUGCAAAUACUCCCGAAUCAGAGCAAAUAUUUCUAUCUUUAUAUAUCUAUAUUAAUAUAUUUAUAUAUUUAUAUUUAUAUAUAUAAUUUUUUUAUUCUUCAUUUAGUCACUUAUACGUAUGCAAUAUUGUCUUCGUAAAUUUCCUGCUUUUUCUUCCUGAUGUUCUAAACCCGUUGGUCGUGAAAGUAUUCGAAAGUACAGAAUCGAGGCGUUUUUUUUUCAGAGUGAGAAUAAUUAUAUAUAAUUGAAAAUCGAUAACCGACGAAACUUAAUUUACGAAUACAAAUUUUUGUGUAAAAUCAUAGAAAGGAAAAAUACUUAAGGAAUGCCGGUAAAUUGUUAUAUAUAUCAACAAUUAAAAAAAUCCUUAAAAAAGAAGAGAAAUUAUACAAAUAAAAACGAAUUAAUGAAAAAAGAUAGAGAACAUAACACGUAAUGAUGAGAAAUAACGAAGAAAAAUAACAAAGCGAUUGCACAGGAACGUUGAAUCGUUUACGAUCGAGUCUCAAAAACUAGAAAAUAAAAAUAGAAGAUUCUCGCGUAUCUGUACCAGCCGAGGAACAGACUCGUCGUCGCGGGUUCACGGAUCCGCGGCGAUCGAUUAGUACUAUAUAUAUAAUAUAUCGUGUCGUAAUAUUAUAAUAAUAUAAAAAUAUAUUUCUUAACUAUUAACACUAUAAUAAAUGAGUAUUAUAAGCAUCAUAUCUGGAUUUUUUCCAUUUUAUCUCGUAGUACGGACACGAUGCCUGUCGCGGAUAACCGGAGCUUCUAGACGCGGAGGAAAUGCAACGGUGGCGCCCCGCUCGGCCGAACACGACACUACUUUUUUUGGCGCGGCCCUUUAAACGUUACACCUUUUCUUUUUUUCUGCCGUGUAUCCCCGUAUAAGUCGUCGUUUCUUUUUAUCAAUUUUUUUUAUCAAUAACAAUAUAUAUAUUUAUAUAAUAUAAUAUAUAUAUAUAUCACUUGUCACUCGUGGUACGUGUAAAUAAAAAGAGGCAUAAACCGUUAUAAAAUACAAUUCUCGAGUAUUAUCGAUCUGUAGAUUAUAUAUAUAUUUAUAUAUAUCGCUUACCUACGCGUCCGAACGAAUAAAAUCAUAAAAAUUGUGUAAUAAUAAUUUUUUUUCUGUUUUAAUAGUACAGUAUUGGAAGCAUUUUAAUAUUAUACUUAGAGUUUAUGAUCGGGGCCCGGAUCUCGGUGAAGGGACUUUUUCUCAAUGUUUUCCUUUUGUAUUUCUUUUUUUUUUUCUUCUUUUCUUUUUUUUUUUUGUAUUGCAAGGUUCUCGAUGCCAUUUCCCUUUCAGGCGCCAGAAACAAAUGUGAUGAGCUCGUCGGGUUCAAUUGAAAUCUCUUAUGAUGACAACGAGACCAUAUGAGCUCUACAAAAAGUACGAGAGGCCAUGGUGAUGUUUUGUGAUCUAUGAAUAACUAAAAAAGGAGCACCGGUAGCGCGUUGAUUUUUACGGAAUGUCUAAGGCAUUUUUUUUGUUUUUUCCUACGAUGCGAAACAUUCGUUUUUCUAAAUCUUUUCUUUUUAGCGUAAAUGGAUGAUACGCGGAGAUUCAAAUAUUAAAUAAUAACAAUGUUGAAUAAAUCGAGAAAUACGUGCAUUGCUUGAAGCUUAACUUAUCGUAUGUCUGAAUAACUCAAGAAAAU